AUGCUCGACAUAAACGACUUCGUCAAGGAGCGCGGCGGCGACCCAGCAAAGAUCAAGGAAUCGCAGCGACGGCGCCAUGCUCCUGAAGCCACCGUAGACGAGGUCAUGGAAAUGUUCGAAGACCACAGGAAGACUCAGUAUGAAGCAGGAACAACAAUGGGCAUGCGGAUCAACCAGGUGAAGAAGGCCAUGGGUGAGAACAAGAAGAAGAAGGGUGACCCAGAGGAGUUCAAGACUCUUAUGGCGCAAAAGGACGAGCUGGAGAAGGACAAAAAGAAUCUGGAGGAGCAGGCGGAGCAGAAGCUGGCGGCAUUGUUGAAGAAGGCGAAGAGUGUCGGCAACUACGUGCAUGCAUCCGUACCAGUGUCAGACGAUGAGGCGAACAAUGCGUUGGUACGGGACUGGAAGCCCGAGGGCGCAAAGGUGGAGAAGAAGGAUUGUCUGUCGCAUCAUGAAGUGCUCACGCGGUUAGGAGGAUACGACCCGGAGAGAGGCGUCAAGAUUGUAGGGCACAGAGGAUAUUGCUUGACGGGAUACGGUCUCUUCCUGAACCUGGCGCUCAUCAACUACGGACUGGAGUUUUUGUUCAACAAGGGCUAUUCGCCAAACCAGCCACCAUUCUUCAUGCUGCGAGAAGCCAUGGCAAAGACCGCACAGCUGGAGCAGUUCGACGAAGAGCUGUACAAGGUGACCGAAAAGGAGAACGACCCAGCGACCGACAAGUACCUCAUCGCCACUUCAGAACAGCCCAUCUCAGCACUCCACGAAGGCGAAUGGCUGAAUAACCAAGACCUCCCGAUCAAAUACGCUGGCUACAGCACGUGCUUCCGGAAAGAAGCUGGCUCGCACGGCAAAGACGCAUGGGGCAUCUUCCGUGUGCACCAGUUCGAGAAGAUUGAGCAGUUCGUCUUCUGCAAGCCAGAGGACAGCUGGAACCACUUUGACGAGAUGAUCAAUACUUCGGAAGAGUUCUACAAGAGCCUGGACAUCCCUUACAGGGUCGUGGCGAUUGUUUCUGGCGCACUCAACAACGCAGCGGCGAAGAAGUACGAUCUCGAAGCUUGGUUCCCCUUCCAAGGCGAGUACAAGGAGCUCGUCUCAUGCUCAAAUUGCACAGACUACCAGACUCGUGAGCUCGAGAUAAGGUACGGCCAAAAGAAACAAUCCGACGCCUCCUUCCAAAAGACCUACUGCCACGCCCUCAACUCCACCCUCUGCGCCACCGAGCGCGCCCUCUGCUGUGUCCUCGAAAACUACCAGCGCGAAGACGGUAUCGAAGUCCCAUCCGUCCUGCGCAAGUACAUCCCCGGCCAGCCAGAGUUCCUGCCGUAUGUAAAGGAGUUGCCGAAGGACUCGACGAGCUUGAAGGCGAAGGGCAAGCCGGAAGGCAAGGGUGCUGCUGCUGCUGGUACGCCCAAGGUGCCAGGUGAGGGUGAGGUAGUUGAGCGGCCGAAGCAUAAGAAGGAGGAGCAGUUGUCGUAG